GUUCGCUGACGUGGCGAGGGACUGGCUCGGUGCCCGCGAGGGGGUCUGUACUCGCGCAACGGUCGAGUCAUCAUUCGGAAUGUCACGCGUAGCGGUCGCAUUAUCCGAAAUUCUCCGCACUUGACCUAAAUUCGGAAUGCAUGAGCUCCAUACCAGUAAUUUGGAGGAGUCAUAGACGGUUCAAGAGUGCAUACUCCUUCGGAUGGCUUCGCCUGGAGACGGCUGGCCAUGGGCUGCUCUGUGCUCGCUGCAGUGGCGCUUGGUGCUGCUGCUGCUUCUCGUCGGCGGUCACUGCUGCGCGGCCGGGUGGCCGCCGAGACCCUCGCGGUCCUGGACGCGCUACUGCGUCUUCCUCCUGAUCCUGGCAGCCGCAUUCAGGGGCUGGGCUGUGCAGACGUCUCUGCGCGAAAUGUUCACUUUCGAAGGGGGUGGAAGCUUCAUGCACAGCGUAGUGUUCGUGGACAUCCUGGUGAAGAACUUGAUCGUCACAGCGCUGCAGGCGAUGCUAAUCCUUCGCCGCUUCGAGCUGGCCGCCCUGGUGCAGUGCCUGGUCAAGUACACGUUGUGGUGCCCGCCCUCCGCGCGCUCGUGGCGUGGUAUGACCCUAGUCCCUGCGGCAUUCUUCGCAUCCAGCUUGAGCCUCCAUCUCCUCUGCGCUGCAAGUUUUCAGGAGCAGUCGAACAACAGUGUCACGGUGGUGCGCACCAUCCUCAAUGUGGCCUCUCUGUACCUCACGGACCUGGUUCCUUCACUCAUGGCGAUGCUGGCAGAGAGUGCAUACGCCGCUGUGAUCGCCACCUGCGUGUUUUGCGGAGAGGACAACGCCAACGCCGUCUGGGAUCAGGUCCGCUCCCUGGCCAGGCGGGCCGGCGCCAUGAGCCCCCAAGAGGACGCCCUUGCCGCGCUGCAGCUCCGCGCGCUUCGAACGCGGCUGCAGGUCGGUGAUGAACGGUGCACACUGUAG